AUGGCAAAACGCCGGGUCGGCGCCAAAGUCAAAUCUGUCGGUGCUAUUACUCCCGACCUCGUGAUUGCCAAAGCCAAAAAUCAUCAAAUAUGGAAUCCAGCUAGCUUGCUAAAUAUAUGGAUGACGGUGAUUGCAACAUCCUCCGGAGGGGGGGACGCUGAAAGCAAAGAUGACCAGGUCUCGGUGCGAGAGGCCUUCUUGUUCCUCGGCGAGAUGGUCAGUCAGAUCACUUAUGGUACCAAGCUGGCCCGAGAAGAAUCAGAGAAUGCCACAGCACACGAACCUGCACUCUCCUGGAUGUCGCUCUUUGGGAACGUCGGCGCGACCACCGCCGCCCAAACGAGCACAACGGGAGACAUUUCGAAAGAUGUCGCCUUGAACUCACCCCCGGAAGACAGUAUCUCAGAUCUUGCGUUCUCGCCCGUUAGCAAUCACCUUGCCGUCUCGUCGUGGGACAAGAAAGUUCGCAUCUACGAAAUCAACGACCAAGGACAGAGUGAAGGAAAAGCUUUGUUCGAACAUGAAGCUCCUGUGUUGAACUGCUGCUGGUCUCCGGAUGGAACGAAAGUCGUCGGUGCCGGAGCAGACAAGGCUGCGCGCUUACUCGACCUAGGGGCAAAUGCGACAACCCCAGUGCAAGUCGCCGCCCACGAUGCACCAAUUCGUUGCUGUGAAAUGAUUUCCAACCCCACAAACUCAUCACAACCUCUUCUGAUCACGGGCUCGUGGGACAAAAAAGUAAAAUACUGGGAUCUACGACAGCAGACACCCAUUGCGCAGGUCGAGUGUCAAGAUCGUGUUUAUACCAUGGACGUCAAGAACAAACUACUCGUGAUUGGCACCGCCGAUCGGUACAUUAACAUCAUUAACCUGGACAACCCAACCAAUUUCUACAAAACAAUGCAAUCUCCGUUGAAGUGGCAAACGAGAGUCGUCAGCUGUUUCGCGGACGCCACCGGCUUCGCCGUCGGUAGUAUCGAAGGCCGCUGUGCCAUUCAGUAUGUCGAAGAGAAAGACUCGAGCUCCAACUUUAGUUUCAAAUGUCAUCGCGAAACACCCCCCGCCAGCCGCGAUGUCAGCAACAUCUACUCGGUGAAUGCGAUAUCGUUCCACCCUGUUCAUGGCACUUUCAGCACUGCUGGCAGUGAUGGAACCUACCAUUUCUGGGAUAAGGAUGCCAAGCACCGCUUGAAAGGGUAUCCAGCUGUUGGGGGAACCAUUUCUAGCACCAAAUUCAACCGCGACGGCAGCAUUUUCGCCUACGCCGUCAGCUAUGACUGGAGCAAGGGCUAUACGGGAAACACUCAACAGACACCGAACAAAGUCAUGCUACAUCCGGUUAUCCCGGAGGAGGUCAAGCCUCGCCCGAAUGCACGGAAGACAAGGUGA